GAGCACUUAUUGCUUUAAAUUUUCACAAAAAAUAUUUCAAAGUUGACAUCACUUCUCUCUCUAUCUCUACAAUUAUCUUGUUUCAGUACACUCUCUCUCCUAAGCUCCUUUUACUUUGUGUCUGUGUCCAUGGCUAAAGCCAGGGCCGCUCGCCGUACCCUAGAUUCCUACACCGUUAAACACAUCAACAAGACUGUCCGACCCGGAGAUUGCGUAUUGAUGAGGCCGACCGAUCCGUCGAAGCCGUCGUACGUGGCGCGAUUGGAGAAGAUCGAGUCGGACAGUCGCGGAGCGAACGUGAGGGUGCACGUACGGUGGUACUACCGGCCGGAGGAGUCGAUCGGCGGCCGCCGCCAGUUUCACGGCUCCAAGGAGGUGUUUUUGUCCGAUCAUUUUGAUAUUCAGAGCGGCGACACAAUUGAGGGCAAGUGUACGGUCCAUAGCUUUAAGACCUACACUAAGCUGGAUGCAGUUGGAAACGAUGAUUUCUUUUGUCGCUUCGAGUACAAUUCAUCUACUGGUGCCUUCAAUCCCGAUAGAGUCCCCGUGUAUUGUAAAUGUGAGAUGCCUUACAAUCCUGAUGAUCUAAUGGUUCAGUGUGAAGGAUGCAGUGAUUGGUUUCAUCCAAAUUGUAUAGACAUGACUGCAGAGGAAGCCAAGCGACUUGAGCACUUCUUUUGUCAUAAUUGUUCCUCCCAAGAUCAGAAGUUACAUAACUCUCAUGUUGCUUCCAGACAUGCAGACACAAAAGUGGAGACCAAACGGCGUAGAAGGUGAUAAAGCAUGUGACACAUUGGAGAAACUGUAAAUCUGUCAGUAGAAUGCGAACAAACACGGAGGCAAUGACGACUCAUCAGAGGCAAUAAAAUUUGUGAGCUGAUGUAAUCGAGGGGAGCAAAUUUGGAAACUCGUUAGUAUUUAUAUAGUUUGAAAGACAGUUAGUCACCGUGUUUCCUUGUGUCGGUCGAGGAUGUGUUUGGUUGUCUGUAAUUAUGUAAUGUGGGAGUCUGCCUUUAUGUUUCUUGGCUUUUCUGGGUUCUCUUUGUAGUAUUCAACUUAUUGUUAACCUAUAUAAAAGGCGUAGAUGAAGAAGUCUUUGAUGUGUGUUAA